AUGAGCAUUUCUAGAGUUCAUGUUACUAGGUGCUUUUCAUUCUUUUUACUGUUCAGCCUAGCAAUAUUUUUUUUGGUACAUGUAGUCUUAACAAAAAAUCCCAAUAGUAGUAACAAAUUAGAAAUUAAUAAUUCUUCUAUUGGCUCUUCAUAUGAAAAGCAAAAUAUUGGGUCUAUCCAUACUAAUCGUGGUUCUAUUAAAUUAGAUUCAACAUCAUCCGAUCCCAAUAAAAUACAUUUGGAUACUAACCUGAAAAAUAAAUUAACCAGAGCGAUACAGAAGUCCUUUGUCAAAUUUCAAAAAGGAAACCUUUCGGAAAAUGACAUUGAUAUCGAAGAGCUCAUUUUUGAUAUUGCUAAAUUGGCUUUAGAUGGAAAUGGAAAUCAAAUUUUUCCUUCUCUAGAAUUAAUUGAUUUUUUCCAAAAGAUUAUUGAAACUAGUAAAUAUAAUACAGUUACAACAUUAGAUUUUAUUUUGGCGUUCAUUUCAAAAGAUGAUUUUGAAACAAAUAUCUCACAUGAUAUGAAAAGACUUAAGAAAUUCACAGAAUACCUUUCAUACUUAUUGAAGUACAAUAAUGAAAAUGGACUAAAUAAGAUGUUUAAUUUUAGCAAGGAAACUCUAUCUUUAAUUAAAACAAACAUAUAUUCGACAAUUUGGAAAAUGGAAGAGCUAAUUAAAAAAGACAAAAUUAUGGAAUAUGAAAAUGAAAAUUUACACGGUAAAACAAUAUAUUCUUCACAACCAGUAAUUGGAGAAAUCAAUAACGAAAUUAAUUCAAAUUUGCCAAGAGCAGUAUUUAGUUAUAAGCUUGUUAAACAAACAAUAAUUGAAAUAUUAGAUACAAAUAUGAAUAAAGUGUAUAGUAAACUAAAACUUAUUUAUGGAAAAAUUACAUAUGCAGGAUCAGAAAGAAAAAAUAAAGUACUUUCUCUGAAUUUAUUGUAUUCGAUAUAUUUAUCUGUAAUUAUAAUUAAUGAUUUAUACGAUCAAGGAUUAUCAUCAAAUGUGCUUUCUCCUGGAUUUAUUUUUAUUGUUUUGAUGAGAGAUAGUAUUGAUAACCUUCCAAAUGAUUGGGAAAAAAGAUUAAUAGAUAAUAAUAUAAAUUAUGGUAUAAACGAGUUAGAUGUUAAAAUUCAAGAUAUUAAAUAUUCUCAUCCAGAAUCCACCACAUCAGAGGAUGGUAUGCAGAACGAAUGUAAUAUUUCAGUCCUCAGAAGUAAUGUUAAAGCAGUUUUCAGUAACUAUGGAAUAGAUCAUUAUAAAUUUAUUAAUGAAGCUUUAAAAAAAUAUAAAACUUUAUUUAAUCAAUCACCAAAUAGACAAUUCAAUAGUAAAAUGUGGUUUUAUGGUUUUUCUUUCCAUGAAAAUGAUUUUAAUAAUCAGUUUAAUAAAAAAUGGUUUUUCGAUAUUAAUAAACUCGUAAUCGAAAAUGGAGUUACAAAAGCUAUCGAUUUUAUGGAUGAGUACUAUUUACUUGAAAUAUCUCUUUCCGGAAAUGGUUUAUCUUCUGCAAUUAUAGUUGGCGAGUCAAAAAUAAUGAAACGCAGCUUAAUAGAGUAUUUAGCUCAUAGAAUAAUUAACGGCAUUUCUUCAAUUGAUUUAAAAGGCUAUAGAAUAAUUAACAUUGACUUUGAUUCACUACUCGAAAGUUGUAAAAGUGCAAAAAGAACUUUAACAGAACAGAUUAAAAUUAAGUUCAACGACCUCUUAGGAACAUAUGAUGGCAAGGUUAUUAUUUUUACAGAUCAUCUGUUUUCUAGUUUUGAAACCCCCACAGGUUCUAAAAGGUUAUAUGAUGUAAUUAAACAUUAUAUUAUUCGUGGAAAUUUGAAAGUAAUUGCCGCAUUGAACAACGAAAAUUACGAUAUAUUAGUAGAAAAGGAAGCUGAAGUCAAAUCAAUAUUUCGCAAGAUUAAGAUGAAAGAACUGAAUGGAAUAGUUUCGGAAUUAUUCAUUUCCGGAUUGAGGUACCAGCUCGAACUCUCAACAGGUAUCUUUAUCAAUAAUAACGUUAUUCAUACUUCUGUUUUGAUGUGCAAUAAAUAUAUUGAAAAUUGUAUUCUUCCAGAUGAUGCAAUUGAAUUAAUAAAUUAUGCUAUUAGGAUAGCAAAAAAUGAGCAAUUUUUAGAAAUACCGUCAGAAAUCCACGGAAUCGAAGAUUUUAUCUCUCAUUCCAGGACUGGACUGCAAGUAUCAAAGAUCAGAGAUUAUGAGACGAAUUCAAUUAUAAGUACAAACCGUUCACUGUUAAUGCAAGUAUUAAAAAUGCAUUUAAAGAUGAAAAACACAAUGAUAUCGCUCGCAUUAAAAAUAAAACCUUAUCUGUUUAAGUUUAGAUAUUUGAAAACUCAGCUCUAUUUUAUGUUCACUUAUUUUGAUUAUCCAAUAACUUGCGUUAAUAAACCAUUGGAAGAUGAAUUUAAAAUCCUUAAAGAUAGAGAAAAAAUAAUUCCAAACUUUUCUGAUGAACUGAGCGUUGCACAACUUACAAGCAUCUACAGGAGUAACCUUCUUAAAUAUAAACAAAAUAAAAAUAAAUCUUACGACGAAUCAAUCAACGAUGAGGUUAGCGCUAUUACAGAAUCCCAACUUGAUCCUAAGUUUUUUGAUGACAUUCACCCAAUAAUAAAAGAUAAGCAGAAGGAAGUUGCUGAUAUGAAAUCCCUAAUACUUGAGAUGUCUUUUAAUUACAACUCAAUCUAUUUACCUCUUGGAAUGGGAGAGAUUGAUGCUUCUCAUAUAGCAUUUAUUAUUUCGGAAAGGUAUGGAAAAAAUAUUUCUAAACUAUUAAAUGAAAUUGAAUAUAGAAAAUUACCGGAAAGAAUAAAAGAUCAGAUGUCAGGAAUUCUUUCAAAAUAUAUUAUUGGCCAAAAGAGUGCAAUAGAUUAUGUUUCAUUCCAUUUAGGAGUAGAAUUGUCGAGAGAUAAUAAUAAAAAUGUUCCAAAAUGCCUUCUUUUUGUAGGUCCGCCAGGAUCUGGUAAAAAGACAUUUGCACUUGCAUUACAGACAACUUUAAUGGAUAUUUCAUUGUUAUCUAAUGAUUUUUCCUAUGAUAUAACAAUGUAUUCUAAUUUCAAAACUCUAAAUUCUAGCGAUUUUGCUGACGAAGACGCUGCAAAGAGAUUGUUAGGAGAUAAUCCAACAACUGGAAUUAUUCCGGAGGAACUAAGACAAUCUGGCAAAACUUUGUUUUUAUUUGAUCAUAUUGAAGGUAUGCAUCCGGAUGUAAUUCGACUGAUUCUGGACAUUUUGCGUAAUAAAAACAAUAUUAAUCAUAAAAUAGGUUAUUUGGGCUUAAGUACAUUUAUUCUUACAACUGAAGUUGGCUCCAAUUUUAUUCUAGACGAUCCAGACAAAGUUGAUACUGUUAAACUUAUAAUUAAAGUAGUCAGAAAGCACCGUGAAACUCCGAGUGGUGAUUUAGUCCGUGCUAUUCAAAACAUUGUUUUAUUUAGGCCUUUCACAAAAGAAGAAGUUUUAAAAAUAUUAGAAAUAAAUUUUGUUGAGUAUUCAGCGUUUAUUAAAAAAAAUUACAAUGUGACACUCGCUCAACCUUCCCAAUCAGUUUUGAACAAAAUAGUUGAUAUUAAGUAUUCUCCAGAGCUCGGGUACAAACCAAUUUUAGAUUAUUUUGAGGAUAUGAAAGAAAGAAUUAUGCAACUUAUUAAGGAAGGCAUACUAAAACCUUACAUGACAUUUAAAGUAACUAUUCGCAAUGAUGCACCUGCAGAAGAUUCAAAAGAACUUAGAAUUGAUUUCAAUAUCGUUAAAAGGUCAAAUAAUUCUCGCUAA